GUCCAAUUUAUCAGCAAUCUGAAACAAUAGACAGGGUUUCUCUUCCACUCCCAUUUCUUCAUUCCGCAGUCCCCUGUUGAGAAACCCUACGACGGCAAGCGGAAGACAAAUCUAGAGAGAGAGAGAGAGGCAAAAUCAUGGAGGCUGCUGCAGCACCGAGGUCUCUGUCGACGAAGGAAGCCGACAUUCAGAUGAUGUUGGCUGCCGAAGUCCAUCUCGGGACAAAGAGUGUCGAUUUUCAGAUGCAGCGAUACGUAUUCAAGCGGAGGAACGAUGGCAUUUACAUCAUCAACCUUGGCAAAACAUGGGAGAAGCUCUUAAUGGCUGCCAGGGUUAUUGUUGCAAUUGAGAACCCUCAGGACAUCAUCGUUCAGUCUGCUAGACCGUACGGGCAGAGAGCGGUCCUGAAGUUUGCGCAGUACACUGGUGCUCAUGCUAUAGCUGGUCGUCACACUCCCGGAACCUUCACCAACCAGCUUCAGACCUCAUUUAGCGAGCCUCGUCUUUUGAUCCUCACUGAUCCAAGGACUGACCAUCAGCCUAUUAAAGAGGCAGCCCUGGGGAACAUUCCAACCAUUGCUUUCUGUGACACUGAUUCACCAAUGCGGUAUGUUGACAUUGGCAUUCCUGCCAAUAACAAGGGUAAGCACAGCAUUGGCUGUCUGUUCUGGCUGUUGGCAAGGAUGGUUCUUCAGAUGCGCAACUCAAUUCCUCAAGGGCAUAAAUGGGAUGUGAUGGUGGACUUGUUUUUCUACCGUGAGCCUGAGGAAUCAAAGGAGCAACAGGAAGAGGAAGCUCCUGUCCAAGAUUAUGCAGAUUAUGGUGCUCCAGCACUUGGUGCAUUGACCGCUGAUACCUGGGGUGAUGCCCAGUGGCAGGGUGAUACAGGUGCCCCUGCCAUUGCUGUUACUCCUGGUUGGACUCAAGAACCAGUGCCAGUUGCUGGGGAUGGGUGGGAUGCUGCAGCUCCACCACCGGUUGGUCCGGUUCCAACCCCAGAAGGAGGAGCAACAGGCUGGGAAUGAGGAAUCAGCUACGACUUUUGCCCGAGACUGUUUUUAAACCUUUUUUAGGUUUCCAUGUGAUUUGUUCUUGCAGUUGUGAUAUUUCUUGUUUAAACAACAGACUAUUGGUGAAAGCUGCAUUUAACGUGCAGUGGGUGUUCCAGUUCUAAAGAAUUUUGAGGAUGUUAGUUCGAGUAGUUCUGGGCAAUGUUGUAGUUUUGCCUGCUGUUGCCUGUGCGACUUGGUUUGAAAUUUCAUAUUUGUUAUGUAUUGAUGUUGGUUGGUUGAAA